AUGAAAUAGCUAAAAAUAUUUCUCUACAUAACACUUGCUUUAUUCAUUAAAAUAAAUGCUUGUAAAAAUCUUGAUCUUAAUUCACCUCAAAAUCUCAAGGCUGGUGAUCCUUUGAUGACAAUACUCAUAUAUGGCUCUGGUACAAUUGAAGAUAUCGAAACUUGCAUCAAGAGCUCCCUCUAGCAAACUUACUAAAAUUUCGAGAUUCUAGUAGCUGUAUAGAAUUAAACGAUUUCAGAGAGAAUCUAAAAUAAUGUAGCUCAGCCUUAAGUCUAGAUUAAGUAUCAUUACAUUGAAGACGUUAAUGACUUUUCUAUUGUGAUUUAAAACUCUAUUGAUAAAAUAAAUGGAGAGUUCAUUGUUUUAUCUCAUGCACUCACAACGAAUCAUCCUGAGAGAUUGCAAAUAGUUUCUAAUGUAGCAAAAAGUCUUAAAAUGUAAGCAAUGAUGUCAGAACUUUUAAUAUAUGACAACUAAAAAAAAUGGUAUUAUGAUGUCAAAAGUGAACUAAUAAAACGAGACUACAAAAGAAAUCUUGACAACUUGCUAUUUUCAUAAUCACCUCAUUUCGAAUUUACACUGAUUAUAGCAAAAUCAUUCUUUUUAGAAAAUAUUAAGAUUUGCCAAAAUGUAAACAGAUUUGAGAUGAUUAAUAGUAUUAUCUAAAACGAUCAAGUAACAUAAGUAAAUUCGGAUCUAGUGAAAAUUUCUUUUAAAAACUAUUGGUUAAAAAAUACUUAUGACUUCGCUGUUAGGAAUCUGGAAAAUCAAUAGAAGUUUCAGCAUUAUAAUAGUUAUCUCUUGAGUAAAAAUGUAAAUAAUUUGACAUCCAUUGAAUAUUCAGAAUUCCUUAAUUGUAGUUUUGAUUAUCUUUCCUGUGACAGAAAAUAUCAGGUUAUAAUCUAAUAUCUAUUGAUAGAGAAACUUCUUAAUUAUUAAUCAUCAAAAAAAGAAAGCUAUAAGACUCUAACAGAUUCAAUUGUUGAAAUUCAAUAAUUUAUCAGAAGAUAAGAUAAAGUAACAGAGUUUCCUUCUAAAUAUCCUCUUGUCUCUAUAAUAUUGGGAAGUUAUAACAGAGAUUAUCUUCUCCUAGAUGCUAUAAAAAGUUGCUUCAUUUAAACAUAUAUUAAUUGGGAACUGAUAAUUGUUGAUGAUGGAUCAAAUAACCCUCUUACUCAUGCUAUUCUUGUUAUGCUUGGAAAAAUUCCAAAACUUAUAGUUAAUUUUCUUCACACAAAUUUGCAUACUUCAUUUACUGCUAACUAUGCCAUAGAUUAAGCUAAGGGUUAAUUUCUAACUUUGUUAGAUGAUGAUGAUAUUUAUUUACCUGAAAAAUUAGAGAAGUAAUUAAACUAUAUGUGGAAUGAAUAAGAAUUAGAUUUUAUUGCAGCUCCUCGUCUAAACGUUGAAGCAUCUGGUAUGACAACUUAUGGCGAUGCUAGACAAUACAUUAAUAUCUGGGAUACUAAAAUAUUGUUGGCAUUACAAUGCAAUAUUGCUCACAGUGCUAUUUUUGUGAGGAUGAACGAUAAAAUGAAAAGGCUUUAUUAUUAUGAACAUAUUAGUGGUCAGGAUUAUAAGUAAUGGAUAAAACUAGUCUUUGAACUUGAGCAUGAAAAUAUAAAAUUCGGUUGGUUCCCAGAUUAGGUAUUUGCAGUAAGAGAACAUGGAGAGAGAAUGUCAUAUACAAGACUUUCCUUACACCAUCACAUUUAUUUUUGGACAUUGAGGAAGUAGGUAGACAUCUUCAAUUCCUUAAGCCCCUAAUUAUUAGAAAACAUUGACUUAUAAUGUUUAAUAUAAGCAUUAACUGAUAUUGCACUAAAGAAUCUUCCUAUUAAAUCUUGCCAAGCUUUUGAUAUUAAUAAGAUAGCUUAAUAAAUAAUAAACCACUAGAAAACUAAAACUUAUCAAACUGCUAAAGAUAUAUCAGACUUAGAAGUAACAUUUUAAAGCUAUAUUGAACGAUACAACUAUGCCGAGAAAAAUAAGAAAGUCAUAAUUUAGCCUUAGGAUCAUAGCAACAUAUUUGUCUGCAUAUUCUCUCUUCAGAAUACAAAAUUAGUUCAAGAAUAAAUAAAUGCAUUAAAAGACUAUGCCUAUCAAUUUAUAGUUAUAGAUAUUGAUGGACAAUUCGACUAUGAAUUUUAGAGAACUUAAAAAGAAUAACUACCUAAGUUGGGUAAAAUUUACAGGAAUAAUUGGAAAUAUUAAAUAGUCAAUAUGGAAUUGAAUCUCUACAAGAUGAUUGAAGGCAAAGUUAGAUAAAAAUUGGAUUAAUUAAGAGUUCAUGAUUAGGAUUACGUUCUACUUUUAGGGCCUGGAGAGUUCGUAGAUCCAAUGAAACUUAAGCUGUUUUAAAAUAACAGAAUGGAUCUUGGAAUUUUCGGUUUGACAUAGCAAAGCUCAGCAUAGCUGAUAACAAGUUCGAAAAUUGCUAGGUACCAAAUAUUGAAAGAAAUCGGAUACAAGAAGCUAAAAAAUUACCAAAUUGAUCAAGAUAUUUUCAAAAAAGUAUAAGAACAUUCAAUGCAAGACAUGAAGUAUACGAUUCAAUUCCCAUUUGGCUUUUAGAAUAUACAAACUUUUAAAAAUGGAGGCUUUUAUACUACUGACCUAGAAGAGACAGGCUACAUGUCUGAGUUAUGA